AUGAAAGUGACCGUGUGCUUCGGGAGGACCCGCGUCGUCGUGCCCUGCGGAGACGGCCGCAUGAAAGUGUCCAGCCUCAUCCAGCAGGCGGUGACCCGCUACCGCAAGGCCAUCGCCAAGGAUCCAAGCUACUGGAUACAGGUGCAUCGACUGGAACAUGGAGAUGGAGGAAUACUGGAUCUUGAUGACAUCCUCUGUGACGUAGCAGAUGAUAAAGACAGACUGGUAGCAGUGUUUGAUGAACAGGAUCCACAUCAUGGAGGUGAUGGCACCAGUGCUAGCUCCACAGGCACCCAGAGUCCAGAGAUAUUUGGCAGUGAGCUUGGCUCCAACAAUGUUUCAGCCUUUCAGCCUUAUCAAGCAACAAGUGAAAUUGAGGUCACACCUUCAGUCCUUCGUGCAAAUAUGCCUCUUCAUGUCCGACGAAGCAGUGACCCAGCUUUAACUGGCCUCUCAGCUUCUGUCAGUGAUAGUAAUUUUUCCUCUGAAGAGCCUUCACGAAAAAACCCCACACGCUGGUCAACAACUGCUGGCUUCCUUAAGCCAAACACUGCUGGUAGCCCUAAAACCUGUGACAGGAAGAAAGAUGAAAAUUACAGAAGCCUUCCACGAGAUACAAGUCACUGGUCUAACCAAUUUCAGCGAGAUAAUGCUCGCUCAUCUCUGAGUGCUAGUCACCCCAUGGUGGACAAAUGGCUGGAGAAGCAAGAACAGGAUGAGGAUGGGAUAGAAGACAACAGUCGUGUUGAACCUGUUGGACAUGCGGACAGUGGUUUGGAGAACAUACCCAACUUUUCUCUGGAUGAUAUGGUAAAGCUCGUACACGUCCCCAACGAUGGAGGGCCUCUGGGAAUCCAUGUAGUGCCUUUCAGUGCUCGAGGCGGCAGAACCCUCGGGUUAUUAGUAAAACGACUGGAGAAAGGUGGUAAAGCUGAACAAGAAAACCUUUUUCAUGAGAAUGAUUGCAUUAUCAGGAUUAAUAAUGGUGACCUUCGAAACAGAAGAUUUGAACAAGCACAGCAUAUGUUUCGACAGGCCAUGCGAACACCCAUCAUUUGGUUCCAUGUGGUUCCUGCAGCAAAUAAAGAGCAGUAUGAACAACUCUCCCAAAGUGAAAAGAACAAUGACUAUUCAGGCCGCUUCAGCCCUGACAGCCAGUAUAUUGAUAAUAGGAGUGUGAACAGUGCCGGGCUUCAGGCACCGCAGAGAGCACCCCGAUCGACCCACCAGGCGGAGCAGAUGGACUCACACUCACGACUACCUCAGAGUACACAGCCCGUGGGAAAGCCACCGGCAGCUCCAGCCCCAGCAUCACAAAGUGUAUUUGGAACAAGUGUAAGCAGUGGUUAUAACACCAAAAAAAUAGGCAAGAGACUGACUAUCCAGCUUAAGAAAGGUUCAGAAGGUUUGGGAUUCAGCAUCACUUCCAGAGAUGUAACAAUAGGUGGCUCAGCUCCCAUUUAUGUGAAAAACAUCCUCCCCAGGGGGGCUGCCAUCCAAGAUGGGAGGCUGAAGGCAGGAGACCGCCUGGUGGAGGUCAAUGGAGUAGAUUUAGCAGGCAGAUCCCAAGAGGAAGUUGUUUCCCUGUUGAGAAGCACCAAGAUGGAAGGGACAGUGAGCCUUCUGGUCUUUCGCCAAGAAGAUGCCUUCCACCCACGGGAACUGAAUGCAGAGCCAAGCCGGAUGCAGAUUCCAAAAGAAAUGAAAGCAGACGAAGAGGAUGUUGUUCUCACACCAGAUGGCACCAGGGAAUUUUUGACAUUUGAAGUUCCACUUAAUGAUUCGGGAUCUGCAGGUCUUGGUGUCAGUGUCAAAGGUAACCGGUCAAAAGAGAACCAUGCGGAUUUGGGAAUCUUUGUCAAGUCCAUUAUUAAUGGAGGAGCAGCGUCCAAAGAUGGAAGACUUCGGGUGAAUGAUCAGCUGAUAGCAGUGAAUGGAGAAUCCCUGUUGGGCAAGACAAACCAAGAUGCCAUGGAAACCCUCAGAAGGUCCAUGUCCACUGAAGGGAACAAGCGAGGAAUGAUCCAGCUCAUUGUUGCAAGGCGAAUAAGCAAGUGCAGUGAGCUGAAGUCACUGGGGAGCCCCUUGGCACCUGAGCUGCCCAUUGAAACUGUGUUGGAUGAUAGAGAACGAAGAAUUUCCCAUUCCCUCUACAGUGGGAUUGAGAGGCUCGAUGAAUCCCCCACAAGAAAUGCUGCACUCAGUAGGAUAAUGGGUAAAUACCAGCUGUCCCCCACAGUGAAUAUGCCCCAAGAUGAUACUGUCAUUAUAGAAGAUGACCGGGUGCCAGUGCUUCCUCCUCAUCUCUCCGACCAGUCAUCUUCAAGCUCUCAUGAUGACGUGGGCUUCGUGACAACAGACACUGGCCCCUGGGCUAAGGCUGGAAUCAGUGAUUCAGCAGACUGCUCUUUGAGUCCAGAUGUUGAUCCAGUUCUUGCUUUUCAACGAGAAGGAUUUGGACGCCAGAGUAUGUCAGAAAAACGCACAAAGCAAUUUUCAGAUGCCAGUCAAUUGGAUAUCGUUAAAACACGAAAAUCAAAAAGCAUGGAUUUAGGUAUAGCUGACGAGACUAAACUCAAUACAGUGGAUGACCAGAAAGCAGGUUCCCCCAGCAGAGAUGUGGGGCCUUCCUUGGGUCUGAAGAAGUCAAGCUCAUUAGAAAGUCUGCAGACAGCAGUUGCUGAGGUGACUUUGAAUGGAGAUAUCCCUUUCCAUCGCCCACGACCUCGGAUAAUCAGAGGAAGGGGGUGCAAUGAGAGCUUCAGAGCUGCCAUUGACAAGUCUUACGAUAAACCCAUGGUGGAUGAUGAUGAUGAAGGCAUGGAGACAUUGGAAGAAGAUACAGAAGAAAGCUCAAGAUCAGGGAGAGAGUCUGUGUCCACAGCCAGUGACCAGCCUUCAUAUUCUCUGGAAAGACAAAUGAAUGGAAACCAAGAAAAAGGAGAUAAGAUUAAUAGGAGAAAGGAUAAAACAGGAAAAGAGAAGAAAAAAGAUAGAGAUAAAGAAAAGGAUAAAAUGAAAGCCAAGAAGGGAAUGCUGAAAGGUCUAGGAGACAUGUUCAGGUUUGGCAAACAUCGAAAAGAUGACAAGAUUGAGAAAACAAGUAAGAUAAAAAUACAGGACUCCCUUACUUCAGAAGAGGAGAGAAUACGAAUGAAGCAGGAGCAGGAGAGGAUUCAAGCCAAAACUCGAGAAUUUAGAGAACGACAAGCUCGGGAACGUGACUAUGCUGAAAUCCAAGAUUUUCAUCGGACAUUUGGCUGUGAUGAUGAGUUGAUGUAUGGGGGAAUUUCUUCUUAUGAGGGUUCCCUGGCUCUCAAUGCCAGACCCCAAAGCCCAAGAGAAGGACAUAUGAUGGAUGCUUUGUAUGCCCAAGUAAAGAAGUCGCGGAAUUCCAAAUCUUCACCUGCAGACAGCAACAGGUCAUCUACUAACAACCAUGAUCGGAUACAGCGUCUGCGGCAGGAGUUCCAGCAAGCAAAGCAGGAUGAAGAUGUAGAAGAUCGGCGACGCACUUACAGCUUCGAACAACCCUGGCCCAGCUCCCGCCCUCCGGCGCAGAGCGGCAGGCACUCGGUGUCCGUGGAGGUGCAGAUGCAGCGCCAGCGGCAGGAGGAACGUGAGAGCUUCCAGCAGGCCCAGCGCCAGUACAGCUCUCUGCCUAGGCAAAGCAGGAAAAAUGCCAGCUCUGUCUCCCAGGAUUCCUGGGAGCAGAACUACUCACCUGGGGAUGGCUUCCAGAGUGCCAAGGAAAGCCUCAGGUACUCCAGCUACCAAGGCUCCAGAAACGGCUACCUGGGCGGGCACGGUUUCAAUGCCAGGGUGAUGCUGGAGACCCAGGAGCUCCUUCGCCAGGAACAGAGGCGGAAAGAGCAGCAGAUGAAGAAACAGCCUGCCCCCGAGGGGCUCAACAGCUAUGACUCGUAUAAGAAAGUCCAGGACCCCAGUUAUACUCCCCCUAAGGGGCCCUUCCGGCAGGAUGUGCCCCCAUCCCCAUCUCAGGUCGCUAGGCUGAGCAGACUCCAGACUCCUGAAAAAGGAAGACCCUUCUAUUCCUGA